AUGGUCAAGGAUUUAAAGAAUGCAAAAUUUCCGAUGAAAAUGUAUCGUCUGAAGUCAUUUAGAGAGAUCAAAUCUAAUGAAGGCCUUGAUGAGAAACAACUCUUUGAUGUGAUUGGUCGAGUGAUUGAGAUUCACUGCCCACAAGAGAAACUGAUUAAUGGGAAGAACUCCAGACUGAUUGACUUCACCAUUGAAGACACUGAUGGUAUACAAUUGAUGUGUACUUUGUGGGACGAACACGUAAGCAAGAUCGAGGCAUUCUACAAUUCUACCACACAAGAGGCAUUAUUGGUGUUGAUCCAAUUUUUUAGGGCUAGGGUGUGUUUAAAAAGUGGGGAUGUUAAGCUUUGUAGCUCCUAUGAUGUAACACAACUGCUGUUCAACCAGGAAUCUCCACCAUUUGAGGAGUUCAGAAAAUUUUCCCUAUCUGGUGAUAUUGAGGUCCGUACUAUCAGUGAAAUAUACAGAGACAAGGAGUUUGGUGAUUUUUGGGUGGCAGCAAGGAUUGUGUUCAUUGAUGAUCCUGAGUGGUACUAUGCUUCGUGUAGAACAAAGGCUUGCAACAAAAAGCUGAAAAUGAAAGGAAAGUGGCUGUGGUGUAGUACCUGUGACAGGAAUUGGGGCGAUGGAACCUUGAGGUACAGGGUUAAAGUUAGGGUGGUGGACUUGGAUGGGAAUGCUCCUUUCCUCCUAUGGGACAGGGAGUGCCUUGAUCUACUUGGUGUUAGCGCAGAUGAUUUGAAUUCUACCCAUACUAAGGGCCGAAAGGGGAUACCUAAGGAGCUUGAGACUCUGAUUGGAUUGAAUCUGCUCUUUCGAAUUGCUGUUCGCAAAGAACAAUUCCAAAACUACCUCAAUGCUUUCCCUGUUAUGAGGAUCAUCACUGAUGAAAAGAUCGUAGAAAAGCAUGCACCAGAGCUAAUUGGAGUUAGGGACAGGGAUCUAAGUUCAAAGUUGGAGUUGGAGCUUACAGAUGAGGAUCUAUGGGGUCUAGAGAUUUAUAAGUACUUACAGUUUCAACUCUCGAUUUUUAAGGAAAAUGACCAAGCAAAUGAAGCCGAAAGUCCUCUACAAGUUGUUGCACAGAGGCUGAAUGCAGAGAACACCUUAGAGAAUGGAACAGUCAAGAGAUCCCUCAUUGAUGAAUUUUCAAGCACACAAAGUUCUAAAAAAAGCAAGGAAGCUGUGGAGCAGAUUUUCUUCAAUCACAUGAUGGAAAAAGACAAUGCAGAAGUGAUUCAACAUGAAACAAAAGAAGUUGAACAUAACGUGAUGGAAAAAGACAAUGCAGAUUUGUUGACACAGAAAGCAAAAGAAGAUGAUCAUCACAUGAAGGGAAAAGACAAUGCCGAUUUGAUCUCACAUAAAGCAAAAGAAGAUGAACAUCACAUGAUGGAAAAAGACAAAGCAGAUAGUAUAGCAUACGGAUAUAGUUUCAUCUCCAAUUCAGUGCCAGACGAACACAUGAAGAAAAUUACAACUUCAACCACAAUUGGAGCAAAGCGGAAGCAGAACAACAACAAUCCAGACAACACUGUCAAUGGGGAAACGUACAUGCCGUCGUUUGAAUCUAACAAGAAUACGAAAAUUGGUACACCGCUAAUUGACGUUUUUCAAAGUUCGUUAAGUACGCCUUUAAGUAUUCUUACCAAUGGAUUUGAAAGUAAUUGUUGUGUUACAAAUGACAACAACAUGCAAAUAAUCGUGGUAGAGCCAGAGACUGAACCCAUCAAGCAUUGUCGAAAUUUGAUAUCAGAUUUUCACGAAGUUGUUGAACAAUUGCAUGACAAUGUGCCCUCAAAAAAUGACUAUUAUUUUGAUAGUGGUGAUCCAGAGUAUUUGUGCGAGCAUUGUAAUGCAUUUUUUUGGUACAAUGAACGGUCUAGCAAUUCAAGGUCAUGUGACAGGCCUAAAUACUCCGGAUGUUGUGUGAAUGGUAAGAUAAAGUUGCCAUUGAUGACAAGGCCUCCUCAAAAGUUGUUUGAUCUAUUCUUUACAUCAAGUGAGAAAAACAAAUGUUUUUUGAAGAAUAUAAGGUCCUAUAACAACAUGUUUUGCUUCACGUCAAUGGGUGGAAAAAUUGAUAGAACUAUUAACAACGGAACAUCACCUCCUAUAUUCCGUAUAAAUGGUCAGAAUUUCCAUCGGAUUGGAAGUUUAUUGCCUGCUAUUGGCACUCAACCAAAAUUUGCACAGUUAUACAUUCACGAUACAGAGAAUGAGAUACAAAAUCGAUCCAACUUUUUCAGGACGGAAAACAAUGGUUUUGCAUUUCAUCUUGAUGUAGUUCAUGACAUUAAGCAAGACCUAGAUGAGCACAAUGUUUUGGUUAAGUCAUUCAGAAUGGCCAAGUCAUUUAUGGAAUCUAAUCCUACAAGUGAAAUUAGAAUGAGAUUAAUAGGGAAGAGGUCUAAAGAUGCUAGAACGUAUGUGCUACCAACUACUUCCGAGGUUGCUGCUCUCAUUGUUGGAGAUCUAGACCCUGGCAUGGGCGAACGUGAUAUUGUCGUCGAGUCUAGAUCGGGGAUGCUGAAACGAAUAAGUGAAUUAAACCCAGCGUAUCUACCAUUGCAAUACCCGCUUUUAUUUCCAUAUGGAGAGGAUGGUUUUAGGGAAGACAUACAUUUUGCAACACAUGGUACGAAACAAAAUUUUGCAAGAAAGAGUGUUUCACAAAGAGAAUACUUCGCGUUCUGUGUUCACGAAAGAUCAAAUGAGAUUUCAACUAUAAUGUACGCUAAAAGGUUAUUCCAACAAUUCUUGGUUGAUGCGUACACUAUGGUUGAAUCUUCGAGGUUGCUAUAUAUUCGGUCAAAUCAAAAAGCUUUGAGAUGUGAGGUGUACAAAGGUCUUUCUGAUGCGUUAACACGAGGUGAAGUUCAACCUAGCUCGCAAGGUAAAAGAAUAAUAUUACCUUCAAGUUUCACGGGAGGAGCAAGAUACAUGAUACAGAACUACCAAGACGCCAUGGCAAUUUGCAGAUCUAUAGGUUAUCCAAAUCUGUUUAUUACCUUUACAUGUAAUCCUAAAUGGCCGGAGAUUCAACGCUUUUUGGAGAAAAGAAAUUUGAAAGCUGAAGAUCGUCCGGACAUUGUUUGCAGAGUUUUUAAGAUGAAGCUAGAUUGCUUAAUAAAAGAAAUAAAAUAUGGCCAACUGUUUGGUCCGGUAAGGGCAGUGAUAUACACAAUUGAGUUUCAGAAACGCGGUCUUCCACACGCUCACAUAUUACUGUUCCUACAAGGGACGAGCUGCUUUGCCAAUCCUGCUUUUAUGGACACGAUCAUUUCUGCCGAGAUCCCAGACAAUUUGAUUGACGUUGAGUAUUACAAAGCUGUCGAAGAAUUCAUGGUUCACGAGUGGUGUAACCAAUCUAGGUCAAUCAAGUACCUAUUCAAGUAUGUCAACAAGGGUAACGACCGUGUAACGGCUGAGUUUUAUAAGACUGCAAUGGAUGAAGGUGGUAAUGAGAUGGUGGAUGAAAUAAACAUGUACUAUGACUGUAGGUACAUCUCUGCGUGCGAGGCAGCAUGGAGGUUGUUUAGUUUUGAAGUUCAGUACAGGACUCCACCAGUUGAGCGACUAAGCUUUCACUUGCCUGACUGCCAAUCAGUCGUGUUCCAAGACGAUGAUACCAUUGAUCAUGUCUUGAACAGAGACACCGUUGGGCAAAGUAUGUUUAAUGCAUGGUUUGUAGCGAACCAGAAGUUUAAAGAAGCGAGCUUAUUAACUUACAUUGAGAUGCCUACCAAAUUUGUGUGGAAAAAGGACAUCCGUGAAUGGCAUCCAAGAAAGAAGGGUUUCUCAAUUGGUCGGAUAUUCUAUGUACCACCCGCUUCAGGAGAAAUUUAUUAUUUAAGGUGUCUAUUGAACAUAGUCCGCGGUCCAAAAAGCUUCCAAGAUAUUAGGACAGUUAAUGGUGUUGAGUACUUAACGUUUAGAGAUGCAUGUUAUGCUCAUGGAUUGUUAGACGAUGAUAAAGAAUACAUUGAUGCUAUAAAUGAAGCAAGCUACUGGUCAACUGCAUAUUCAUUAAGGAAGCUAUUUGUUGUCUUACUAACAUCCUCAUCCAUUAUUAGGCCCGAAAAUGUCUGGAAUCAAGUGUGGAAACAUUUGUCUGAAGAUGCUCAACACUACCAAAGAAGAAUAUUAAAUCAACCAGAUUUGGUCUUAACAGAGGAAGAGAAAAAGAACUUUGCAUUGUUCGAAUUGGAAAACCUAUUGGGUCAACAAAAUAAGUCUUUAAAAGACUAUCCUCCAAUGCCAAUACCCAGCACUGAACAUUCAAUGUUGUUUCAGAAUAGGCUGGUUUUUGAAGAGUUAAGUUACAAUUGCGAGCAGUUGAAAGAAGAUGCUGAAGUGCUUUCUGCCAAACUAACCGAAGAACAAAGUGUCAUCUAUCAUACGGUUAUAAAAGACAUUGCAGACGGUAAAGGUGGUUUAUUUUUUGUUUAUGGCUACGGUGGAACAGGAAAGACUUUCUUGUGGAGAGCGUUGUCAGCUGCAAUCCGAUGCAAAGGUCAGAUCGUUUUAAAUGUGGCAUCAAGUGGCAUAGCUUCUCUGUUGUUACCAGGUGGCCGAACUGCUCACUCAAGAUUUGCAAUACCUAUUGCAAUAAAUGAAGACUCAACCUGUAACAUUAAACAAGGUAGCGACCUGGCUGAAUUGUUGAUAAAGACGAGUUUGAUAAUAUGGGAUGAAGCUCCCAUGAUGCACAAACAUUGUUUUGAAGCAUUAGACCGAACUAUGAGGGAUUUAUUGCGUUUUGUAGACCCGUGUAGUGAAUUGAAGACGUUUAGUGGUAAAACUAUGGUUUUGGGUGGAGAUUUCCGCCAAAUUCUCCCGGUAGUUCCAAAAGGUACACGGCAAGAUAUUGUUUCUUCAGCCAUAAAUUCAUCAUACCUAUGGGAUAGUUGCAAAGUUUUAAGGUUGACACAAAACUUAAGACUAAGUUCGGUACCCAACGGUGGAAAUCGGCAGGCAUUACAAGAAUUUGCCGAUUGGAUUGCUAAUGUCGGUGAUGGAAAGUUGGGUGGGCGGAAUGAUGGUUACGCAGAGGUUGAAAUUCCAAAACACAUGUUAUUGUCAUCCGGAGCGGACGAUAUUAAAACAUUUGUGCACAGUACAUUUCCUAUGUUUGCAAAUGGAAACACUGACCCCGAGCAUCUGCUAGGUCGUGCUAUAUUAGCACCAACGCUCGAUGUGGUCAAUGCAGUAAAUGACUAUAUGACUGAGUUGCAUAAUGCCGAAAGCAGGUCGUACUUUAGUUCAGACGCAGUUUGCAAAGCCGACGGCGACAACGGUAUAUUUGGAGAUGUACACACACCGGAAUUUCUAAAUAGCAUUAGGGUUUCAGGUCUACCAAAUCAUACAUUGACUUUGAAAAUAGGUUCACCGGUAAUGUUAAUGAGAAAUAUUGACCAUUCUCUUGGUUUGUGCAAUGGGACUCGGUUGAUAAUCACAAAACUAGCAGACCAUGUUAUUGAAGGCGAGAUUCUGUCUGGACCUAACAAAGGUACAAAAGUGUUGAUCCCUCGAAUGUCAAUGUCACCCUCUGAUCCAAGAUUGCCGUUCAAAUUUCAACGAAGGCAAUUUCCAAUUAUGCUUUCAUAUGCAAUGACCAUUAACAAAAGUCAAGGACAAACGUUGUCUCAUGUUGGUUUAAUACUAAAGAAACCGGUUUUUGUACACGGUCAGUUGUACGUAGCUGUAUCUCGGGUUAACAAUCCUGACGGUCUCAAAAUAUUGAUAGUCAAAGACCCAAGUUCAACUACUACAUCAACCACUAAUGUUGUAUAUCAUGAAGUUUUUAAUAAUUUGUAA